AUGGCUACAUCUUUCACAUGUUCAUCAUCUCCACGUCUCCAAAUUGCUUGUAUCAUUCUCUUUAUCUGUAGUUCCUUCUUCUUCUUGCCUUUGUCUGAAUCAAUACAUUUUGAGAUCCAUGAUUUUGAUGCAAGAAAUAUGGUCUAUUCAGGUGAUGCAGUACCUUUUUCUGGAGACAUAUGGUUCAACCGAGUUGACAAUGACAUUAGUGUUGGCCAAGCCAAAUACUCCGAUGCAGUCCAGAUAUGGGACAGCAAAUCUGGGAAGCUCGUAGAUUUCACUACGAACUUCACUUUCAUCAUCGAUACAAAAGGCCAAUCGCUUUACGGCGAUGGGUUCGCUUUCUUUCUUGCACCAGUCGGCUUCGAAAUCGUACCCAACUCAGCUGGUUCCUAUUUAGGUGUGUUCAACACCACUACCACCGACUCGCCCGGAAGCCAAAUGAUUGUCGUUGAGUUCGAUAGUUUCGUAAACUCAUGGGAUCCUCCAUUUGAACAUGUGGGCAUAAACAUGAACUCUAUUCAUUCUGUUGAAUACAUUCCUUGGAAUGCUAGUUUGCACAGCGGACGUUCUGCAGAUGCUUCGAUUUCUUACAGCGCUACCACCCAGAUGCUGAGCAUAUCUUGGCGCUAUGCGGUUGAAUCUACUUCUACAGAAAACAACGUUCUUUCUUAUCAAGUUGAUCUAAGAGAAGCUCUUCCCGAAUGGGUAACGAUUGGAUUUUCGGGUGCCACGGGUUCAUUUGUUGAGACGCAUAUCCUUCGAUAUUGGGAGUUCAAUUCAAGCUUCAAUACUAUAAGUGAAGAUACCUCAAACAAAAGCAAACUGGUACUGGGCUUAGCAGUCCCUGUUGGUGUUCUAGUUAUAGGAGGCAUAGUAGCAUGUAUUGUACUUUGGAGAAGACAAAGAAGAUCUACAGAAGAAUCGCUAGAGACGGUUACUGUGGCACCAUCGAUAAACGAUGAUCUUGAAGGAGGUGCAGGACCCAAAAGAUUUUCAUACAACGAUCUCACUUUGGCUACCAACAACUUCUCAGAUGAUCAUAAGUUGGGCGAGGGAGGAUUUGGGUGUGUCUACAAGGGCUACUUAUUCCGUGAAGGCAUGCCGAUAGCUGUCAAGAAGAUAUCUCAAGGUUCUAAACAGGGAAAGAAAGAGUAUUUAGCUGAAGUGAAGAUCAUCAGCAUUUUAAGGCAUCGAAACUUGGUGCAACUCCUCGGUUGGUGCCAUGAUCAAACACAAUUCUUGCUCGUCUAUGAGUUUUUGCCUAACGGCAGCCUUGACUCUCAUCUCUUCCGCAAAAAGACUACCCUUGAGUGGGCCGUGAGGUACAAGAUCGCUCUAGGUUUAGCUUCAGCUUUGCUCUAUCUCCAUGAAGAGUGUGAACAAUGCGUGGUGCAUCGAGAUAUCAAAACGAGCAACAUCUUGCUCGAUUCAGGAUUCAACGUGAAGCUGGGAGACUUCGGAUUGGCUCGAGUUUCGGACCAUGAAUUGGGUUUACAAACAACUGGUUUAGCCGGAACUUUAGGGUACAUGGCUCCUGAGUAUGCAAUAACAGGAAAGGCCAGCAAAGAGUCGGAUGUGUAUAGCUUCGGGGUUGUUGCAUUAGAGAUCGCUUGUGGGAGGAAGGCAAUGGAUAAUGUCGACAAAGAUCCUGAUGUGGGAUUGGUUCAGUGGGUUUGGCGUUUACUCGGAAAACAUGAGCUGUUUUCCGGUGUGGACCAUAUGUUGAAUAACAAGUUUGAUGCGAAACAAGUCGAGUGUUUGAUGUUAGUGGGGUUAUGGUGUGCACACCCUGACCGGAGUAUGAGGCCAUCCAUCCGGAGAGCAAUUCAGGUGCUCAAGUUCGAGGGUUCAAUCCCAAAUCUUCCGAAGGUGAUGCCAGUGCCCAUGUACUUCGUAGCACCAGAUGCCCUUGAAGACGGUUCAACUGGCGCAACCAUGACCACCUCUAGCAUUGAUCUUGCACGAUGA